ACAAACCCAAAAAUAGAAACAGAAAUGGAAACAAACAACUCUCUCCCUCUCUCUCACUAGGGAGCAAGUAGUGUGAAUUCAAAACUGCAAAAAAAGCAACAAGAAAGACGCUUUGGGCACCUGGGGUGGCCGAAAUCAUUUGAUUCUCGCAAUCUUUCUGCACUUCUUUCUUCCAGUUUUUCUCUGGAAAAUUGAGUUUGGAUUAGGUGUAAAUUAUUGGAAUUUUUUUUACUGUGACACUGUAUCUCUGUUCCAGUAAUGGAGUCUUUGAACUAUGCUUUUGAAGGAAGAGGUUUUCUGUUUUCUGAUGAAUUGCCAGUGGACUCCUUUACAAGAAGUAGAAAUCUUCUAAAAGACUGGAACUUAAACCCCUUCUCUGAGGUUGAUAGAGGUAUGAUUAGCACUAAUCAUGAACUUAAUGAAGGAGCAGAGUUCAUGGAGUCUGGUUUGGCUGAAAUGCUGCAGAAAUCGCCCGUGAGUAGUCCGGGCUUGAGGCUUUCGAGUACUGAGUCUGAUAAUGAUUUUGCGAAGAUGACACUUUCUUCUUGUAUGGCUAAUCUGGAUUCGGUCCCGAGGGAGAUGGAAGUUGAGGCUACUGGGUAUAACAACCAGAAAUCCGAGGAGUUAAUGCAUCAUGGCAAUGUCAAGAGUGACCAGUCUUCAAAAUCGAGUUCGGUUUUGUCUCCAAUUGAGCCUUUGUUGCCAGCAAAAAGAAUCCGGGACACAAGUUUGCAGUCCGAUAUUCAUGCCUUCCAAGUCCAUGAUAUCAACAAGGCAGCAUUAAACGAUUCAAACGAAGCGAGGAGUGGCCAAUCUUCCAAAAAAAAUUCAGAUUCGUCAUCAGCAGAGCCAAAAAAUUCGGAUUUUUCAUCAGCAGAGCCUUCUGUGACAGCAAAACGGGCUAGGAUCACGAGUUUUAGUUCCCAGGUCCUCGUAUGCCAAGUUCAUGGCUGUAACCGGGACCUAAGCUCCUCCAAAGACUAUCACAAGAGGCAUAAAGUAUGUGACGAGCACUCUAAGACCGCUAAAGUCAUCGUUAAUGGCAUUGAACAGCGGUUCUGCCAGCAAUGUAGUAGGUUUCAUUUGUUAGCAGAAUUUGAUGAUGAUAAAAGAAGUUGUCGGAAGCGCCUUGCUGGCCACAACGAGCGAAGACGAAAGCCUCAACGCGAUACUCACUGGGAUAUUCCAGGGUCGAGGUUCUUGGAUUUGGCGUCGGAUAGGACUAUCUCGUUCCUAUUCCCCGAAAUCCUUAAUGGCAGCUUCUUCUGCCAAGAAAGUUACGAGGAGGAAGGAAAGCCGAUUAGCAGCUUGCUACAAUCAAGAGGGCAUCUACAAGAAAGGCGAUUCCCAGUUCAAGAAGGCGAAAACUCCACUCGAUCUCACUCUCUUCUGUCAGCCCACAAGGAAAAGAUUCUUAGCAAUUCAACCGUUCAUCCGACAAUGAUUCCAUCGAACCAUCCCGGUUACCUCAAAGUGGAUCAGAAUCUGGGCAUGCCUAAUUUGGGCAUGAACAACACUUCAGGAAACUUCACACUAAGCGAGCUGGAUGCGUUUGGGGUAGUUGAUCGGGAUGGAGUUCUCGAGGUUCAUGAUGGCAAUUUGGGCGCUCAUUAUGAAACUCAAAUCGAUGGGGGCUUGCAAACAUCAGAUUUCGAGGACUUAACUUGCUAUAUUUCUCCAGAAAGCGGGCCAACCAUCGAUUUGCAGCAGCUUUCCACGCAUCUGCUGAGAGUCGAGCAGCAGAGAAGCUAUGCUCAGGUGAAUCACGACACCGAUAACUUCUGUUUCACUACCACGUGAGGAUCGAUCGAACACACAUUCAAUUCGUUUAGCUCGCUGCUUUUCUGUUUGUACAUACAAAUGAUCUGGAACUUGAAGUGCCUCGCUCUCUGGUUUAGAGGAUCUGAAAGGAGUAAUGAUUGUCGAAAGUGCAACAGUAUAGGCAUUUAUAUAGUCUCGAAAACUUUCUUAAACCAAAGAAAGUUACCAUUUAUGAUCUUUGAGAAGUUAGAAUGUAGUAUGGAUAUGAGUUUGGGGAUUCAA